UCGACUACCUAUAAUAAAUCAGGAAGCUACCAAACUAGAUCGGCCUUCCCCCUCCUGCGAGAAAAUAUCAGAUCCGCUUUGGCCUCCAUCGAAUCAAAUUCCCAAAUCCCUCCGCCGCACGCCAUGGCUUCUUUUCCGCUGCUCUUUUUACCGCCGCCGGUUGUCGGCCACGAAUCGGGCUUGUUCAACCCUCGCGUUGUCGUGGGCGGAGAAGCUCUGUCCACCGCGGCGGCCGCCUACACCACCACAAGCAACGACUGCCGAGUCCGCGUCUCCGUGCGGCUCGAACUCCCCCCCGCGGAGUCCUACCUGCACAUGCAAACCGACGACACGCUCCUCAAAGAUCCCUUGGUGCUGGCUGCCUGCGGCGACCUCCUCCUCGUCCACAUGGUCGUCCACGACGCUGCCGAUGAUCUGUCGUGCAAGCAGAACCUCUUCGUAUACAAGGCCCACCCCACUCGCCCGUCGCUCAGUCGUCUCCCCAAUCCCGACACCUUCACCGGCUGGGCCCAAUCUUGUGGCAUCGUCCCCUGUGACGACGGGGGUUUCGUUGUGGCUUCUUUUCGGACAAUCAAGACUGACUUAGAUCUGCAAACAGGAUUGGCGAUGGAGCGUGUCGAGUUCUUGCACUAUUCUCCUGCCACCGGACACUGGGAUUUGAAGAGUCCAACAAUGCCCUACGAUGGCGAGGCCCUCAAGCCGUGCCUAUGGGAGACAGAUCAGCUUCCAGGGAUAGAAAUUUGGACUGAGCUCGAUGAUCUCUCUUAUGGUCGUGUAUACCCUGAGGCAUAUAGAACUGUUGGUGUAUGCAAAGGUAUUGUUAAGUUUGUUGACAUCGAUAAUGGCUUUUUUGGAAGCAUGAAGAAAUCUGGUUUCACAGUCACAGUUUGGACUUUGAAAAUGCCGGAGUUGGAAUGGCAUCAGACAAGCAUGUUCCAAGUCGAUGAUUUAUGGGCUCUUGCAAACUUCCGAGAGUCUUCCCUUCCACGAUGGGUGCCACAAUUCCCUAUUGUGAACACACAUGAUAAUCAUGGUUUAUACUUCAUAUUGCAAGAGUGUGACAGUUUUGGUGAGGACUGGAUCAUCACAGUGGAUAUGCACAACAAAGUGUUGCAGUCAUAUGAGCGGCGCAUUUACUCAAUCUUGGAAUGAUUGUUAAGCUAGUGCUAUCUUAAUAGCAUGAAGUUGUAAGAUUGCAAGGAAGAUUUUCUUUGAAACAUCUUUGAGAAUAUUGUUGUCCUUGAUGAAAAAAUUAUGUAUUGUUAUGGCGCCACACUCUUGGAUAGUUUUUCAUUAAUUUGUUAUCACAAUAAUAAUGUUCAAUGUUC